GGGACAGGAAGCUUGCUUGUUAGCAUAGCUGGCCUUAAUUCAGCUCAUGAUAGCAGUCUGUGUAUUUCUUGAGUUCAGGUCUUUAGUGUUCGGGACUGAAGCAUAGCCACCAAAGCUGAAGUAGUUUUUCCUCCAAACUUUGACUUUCACUUGGUUUGUCUUAGAGUUCUGAGUUCAGAAAAAGUAGGCUUCGUUCAUGAAGACAUGGAUUUCAGACUUUUAUUAAAGCCGUAGUAAAAUUACAAUGUUUGCCAUAUCGUUUCGUAAAAUUCUCGGGUAGUUUAUAUUUAAAUCUGAACUAUUGAGACAUUUUGCAUCUGCCUAUGGAAGAAGUGCUGCUAUCCGUAGCGGUGAGGAAGAUCGUUAGCCUUGGUGAAGGGCAAAGGUGGUGUUUUUUGUUGAAAAUUUGAUCAUGUGAAACUCAAGUUGAAAUUAAUAUGGAGGCAUAAGACAAAAUUUAUCGAAAUGGUCAUAUACGAACCAGAAUUAUUUGUACGAGAUUACGGCUCGCCCUGUACGGUGCGAUAUUUAUCUUCAUCGUUCAUUUUCCCAAGUUUGAUUUUCGGUUAGAUUUUUCUGUCCGAAGUAUUUAAAUUUACAAGUACUCCACGAGGAAAACAACUUAGCCUCCUGCACGGACCGAGUCAUCUGUUGCACUAUGUUCCUUCUGUCGUUCAGAGAAGUCGACAGAUGAUGCAAGCAGCCUUUUCCGUGCUGCUUGCCUCGAACUGCAUUUUUUCAUGACCAAUUUGAAAGGCUGGUGCUCAUGGUACAUUGAGAUACGAGACAAUACAGGUAUUGAUAUUUUGGACUGAAGCCGCCACUAUUGUAUGUAAUGUGAAGCAUUAGUUGCUGGAGAGGAAGUGGUGCGAAGGGUGAUGGGAGGAGCGAAGAGCAAAGAGAGCAUUGAUGGCGGAGAAGCGAUGAAAGCUGGGUCGACUCCCGAGGGUAAGCCCUUGAAACCUUGCUGUGCCUGCCCCGAAACACGCCGAGCGCGAGACGAAUGCAUCGUCCAGAAUGGAGAAGAGGCCUGCACUGAGCUCAUUCAGGCUCACAAGGAGUGCAUGAAGAAAAUGGGCUUCAACUUGUGAUGACAGAAAUUGCAAGUCUUCCAGUUGGAGCAUGGUUUGAAUUUCUUGUUGGAAGCAGUAGUAGUGUCACCUGGAGCUCCCCUCGUUAUAGGAGGAGUUGCUUCGAACUCCUCGGAAUUUUCAGAUGGCGCUGAAAAGCAAACUGAAGGUGAAUUCUGCACUAGUCUCUAAAUCCAGAGAAUUUCGUCUAUUCCGUUCUACCUGAGCGUGGUCUAUACUGUCAGUGUGCAAAUGGAGUAGCGAAUAAAAGAUCCUAUCGAUUCUAA